GGAGAAGGCAGGAAGGGAGGCAGGGGGGGGAGAGAGAGAGGGAGGGAGGAGGGGGCGGUUGCUAGGCUGCGCGCGGGGCCGAGUGGGCCUGCCUCAGCCGGGGCGGCCUGCCCUGCCAUGGCCUCCACGCCGCCGCCGGCCUCUCCUUCGGCCGCGAAGCCGCCUCCGCCCGCGGCUGCCGGGCCCUGCUGCGUGCUGUGCUGCGGGGAGCUGGAGGUGGUGGCGCUGGGCCGGUGCGACCACCCCGUCUGCUUCCGCUGCUCCGUCCGGAUGAGGGCCCUCUGCAACGGGAGGUACUGCGCCGUCUGCCGCGAGGAGCUCGACCAGGUGGUCUUUGGGAGGAAGCUGACAUCAUUCUCCACAAUCAACCUCAGCCAGUUGCAGCAUGACAAGAAAUAUGACAUCUAUUUUACUGAUGGAAAAGUUUAUGCUCUCUAUAGGAAGCUUUUGCAGCAUGAAUGCCCACUCUGCCCGGAUGCCAGGCCCUUUGCCACCGUCGUGGACUUGGAGCAACACAUGAGGAAACAGCAUGAACUCUUCUGCUGCAAACUCUGUGUGAAGCACCUGAAGAUCUUUACUUACGAGCGCAAGUGGUACUCGCGCAAGGACCUGGCUCGACACAGGAUCCACGGGGACCCUGAUGACACAUCUCACCGCGGCCACCCCUUGUGUAAAUUUUGUGAUGAGCGCUAUUUGGACAACGACGAGUUACUGAAACAUUUGAGAAGAGACCACUAUUUCUGCCACUUCUGUGAUUCUGACGGCGCACAGGAAUAUUAUAGCGAUUACGAAUACCUCCGGGAACACUUCCGUGAGAAGCACUUCCUCUGUGAAGAAGGUCGGUGCAGCACCGAGCAGUUUACCCAUGCUUUCCGGACUGAGAUAGACUACAAGGCCCACAAGACAGCCUGCCACAGCAAGAACCGAGCAGAGGCCCGGCAGAACCGGCAGAUCGACCUUCAAUUCAACUAUGCGCCAAGGCAUCAGCGGAGGAACGAGGGCGUCGUGAGCGGGGAAGAUUACGAAGAGGUUGAUCGAUACAGCCGCCAAAUGAGAGGAACCAGGACAGGCCUGCGAGGUGGGCAACAAAACAGGAGGGGCAGCUGGCGAUACAAAAGGGAAGAAGAAGACCGGGACAUUGCUGCAGCAGUUAGGGCCUCAGUCGCUGCCAAAAGGCAAGAGGAGAAAAAGCGUGGGGAAGAAAAAGAGGAGAGCAUCCGUGGGAAGAAGGAAGACGCAAAGGACCCAGACUUGAACACCUCAAAGCGAGGACCAAAGCCUCAGGCUGAAGCACCAGCUCCCAAGGAAGCUCUUCCGAAUGCCGUUCUGAGUCAGGAAGACUUCCCUGCCAUUGGCACACCGGUCGUGGGCUGUUUGCAGAGCUCCUCCCAGCCAGCUCCGGUCAAGCUGGACGAAGAAGACUUCCCCAGCCUCUCUUCCUCCUCCGCUCCUGCCGCUUCCUCAGCCCUCUCCUUGAGCUACACAGCCACCGCCAAGAGGUCUGCCUUCCAAGAGGAGGACUUCCCGGCCUUGGUGUCCCGCGUCCAGCCAAACCCAGUCUCGGCCCUCACCUCCGCCUGGAGCUGCAGCUCUGGCAAAAAUGUGGCCCGGACUGUGGCUGCCGUUAACCCCAGCCAACCCCCUCGGAAAGCAGCCCCCAGCGGUGGCGCAAAGGGGGGCAAAAAGACCAAGGCAGCACUUCUUUCCGGAGACGAGGAGGACCGCGGUGGCCUCACCACCCAGGAGAUCCGUGCGGCCCCAACCAUGGUAGACGUAUCCUCCUUGCUGGCCACUUCCAGUUCCCAAGGGUUCAUCCGAGUGGGCCGGAAGAAGAAGGUCGGGGCGGAGAAGUUGAAGGCGGCCUCGCCUCCCACGUUGCAGGAUGCGGCGCCCGACCUGGCUUUGGGAGAGAAGGGGCCGGAUGCCAAGCUCUCCCCUGACCUUCCUCCAGCUGCGACUGUCGUGAACGGCCACUCUGAGAAAGCCUUCCUCCCCAGUCAGGCUUCCAAGGAACCCCCUGGCCUCAAGAAGCCCCCCGCCCCGAACCAGACCCUGCUGCCUCAAGAAGACUUCCCUGCCCUUGGAAACGCUGGACCGCCCCGAAUGCCACCCCCUCCAGGUUUCAACUCUGUGGUGCUGCUCAACCCACUGCCUCCUCCGGGGCUGUCAGGGCCCCUGAGCAAACCGCCUCCAGGCUUCGUUCCAAUUGCACCCGUUCCGGACACUGCCCCCGUUCCUCCGAAAGAGCCAAAACCUUGCCAAGGACCCUACCUGAUCCUAGAAAACUUCCAGCAGCGGAACAUCCAGCUUAUCCAGUCCAUCAAGGAAUUCCUUCAGGACGACGAGUCUCAGUUCAACAAAUUCAAGACCUAUUCGGGGCAGUUCCGGCAGGGCCAGAUUUCUGCGGAGCAGUAUUAUCGAAGCUGCCAGGAGUUGCUGGGAGAGAACUUCCGAAGGAUCUUCAGCGAGCUGCUGGUGCUGCUGCCGGACACGGCCAAGCAGCAGGAACUGUUGGCCACCCACAACGAGGCCCGGGCCAAGGCUGGGAAGCCCCGGAAGAACCCCCGCAAGGCGGCCUGGCAACCGGAGCCGGGCCUGGGCCUGGACUGCUGUGUCUGCCCCACCUGCCAGCAGGUGCUGACCCCGCAGGACAUGGCCUCCCACAAGGCCUUGCAUUUGGAGCAGGAAGAGGAGGAGUUCCCGUCCCUGCAGGCCAUCAGCAGGAUCAUCAGCUAGCUGUGCCAGGUGAACCAAUAAAAAGGGCCGUCUCCAUCUUUAAAAAAAAAACAAGCAACACAUGCUUCUUGGGGGGUGGGCUCUCAAGAGAGCGGAUGGCGCUGUGGAUGUCUGUGUGAGUCAGAGGGGGAAGCAGAGGUGCUAGCAUAUUGGGGAGGCAAUGGUGCCAGGGAAGUUCUGCUUCUUCCGAAUAGGCUGGCAUUGCAGGGUCACAGGCUUUGUGGCUUGGCUUCCCAUCAGAGACAGGGAAGUCACUGUUUUCUGAAUGUAAACAUGAAGCACAGGUGGGGACGUUUUUACAGAAAAAGGUUAGGAUGGUUAGCUGCAAAGGGGAACCAUUGGGAAUGGUGAAAGGUGCAGGCAGAAGGUCCAGGAAUAAAGAUAGGCGCAACGAGCCCUGUCCUCUUCACUCCUUCACUUUAUGAUAAAUUUGAAGCUGCUGUUAAGCCUUUAUAGAUUGUUUUUGGGUAAGAGAAACCUCAUUUCCUUUUCCUGCUGUUAGAACUCUAUGUAGGAACAGGCCACAUUCUGUACUUUUCCAUCUCCCUGUAAACCUGCAUUUUUAGCUCAGAGAUGCAAUUCAGGUUGUGUUCCACUGUUUGGGAGGAAAGAACAGCACUCCACCUCUGAUCAGAUGGCUCAUUAAAAGCGGCUCCACGUUGACCAUCCAAUGCUGCUGUUUCGUGUCUCCGAAAGUGGAUAUUAACGGAGGUCAACAAGAUAGGAGGGUCUCAAGUCCUUUUGCGGAACGGCCUUGGCUGGCUUUUUGUGUUUCCUUCCAGUAAACAAAUAAGUUGCUUGGCUUAUGGAGUGAAAUACCCCCCAAGUUAGAAUAAAAAUAAUAUAGGGAGCCCCAUUGGAUGCCCAUGUAGACUGAUAAUAUCAGCUGAAACUGAUAGCUUUCAGGUAGAUUCUUAAUGCAGUGGCCUUUCCCAUCCAAAGACGAACCAGGCCUACAUGUACCCAAAAUUUGGUGGGUUUUUUUUAGUGUUUGGAGGUUUGAAGCACAGGAAGUAUAGAGAUCUAGAUGCGGCAAAAGGGAUAUUUAGGGACAGCAUGAGGCCUGCAAGCUGUAUGACCUCCCUUUCGGUCUUCGGCCCUGCAGGGCAUUGAAUACGACGCUCCUCAGAACGCGUUUACCUCCAUUGAUUCCUGCUUGGGCUCCCACAGGUUUUGAUGGGGCAAGUAUAGCAACGAACAGAGCAGCUACUGUAGAUGCUGCCUUCCUAUUUGGGGUUUUAACAAACACAACUCUCAUAAAACAGGGCACACAACUGGCUCAGUUUCACAAGUCACCCUUUGCAGCCCAUGAUCCAUUUUGUUGCCUUGCCUGGGUCUCUGGCUAUACUUUUCCCCUGCCUUUAGCCAACGUUGGCUCAAAUAAACCAGGGUCAGUGACACUUCCAUUGUUCAGAAGAGAUUCUCAGUUGUUAAUAGAGAUUCUCAGUUGUUAUAGAUGGCCACAGGCUGCAUUCAAUGUCUGCUUUAACCACUUUAAGAGUGUCCCAUGGCCUCCUUCUCCUUCCCCUUGGUUUCUGUCAUAGGACAUUAAUGGAGACGCCGUUAAAUCUUAAAACCUUUAUUGGAAAAUAAGUUGCAGUCAGUUCACAGACAAUUAAAAGUACACAAUCACA